CACACACACACACACACACACACACACCGCACCUCAGUCUGCCCACCGCGACCCAGCAAGACCCAUCGCAACUGUGAGCUAAGCGGGUGUCACUCUCCCUCUCUUCUCGCUAAGGACUCCAGUCUUCAUCUAUACACAAGAUGCACCACCGCUGGCUGCUGCUGGGGGCGGUGCUGGUGUCCUGCCUGGUCGCCAGCCACGCACAGUUCCUGGAGCUCCUGGGGAACCUGGCACUGCUGAAGGGCGUCGCGAUCGCAGGUUACGCGCUUGGCAGCUACAAGGGAGGCGGCCACAACCGUUCUUACCGCGGGGGACACCACUACAGGGGAUGGCGCCGCUACCGCCGCGCCGUGGGGGACGCUGCCACCCAGGAGGAGGAGGACACCCUGCUGGCCAGAGUGACCCAACUUGACCCAAACGGCUGCCUCCUCAAGCUGCUGUGCCUGACGCAGGCCACGCCGGAGGAGGAACGCUCGCCCUACCAGGCAGUCCUCAUGCACCUGUUUGGUGGCGUCUCCCGCGCUCCGACCCCCGCCGGCGUGCCCUUCGCGCAGGCCCUGCAGGCUGGCGGCUCAGCACGGAGCCCUGCAGCAGCCUGCCACUCCCACUACCUCCGCUGUCCCCUAUCCGGGACAGACCUGCACGGCAUGCUGGCCAUGGCCUGGACCGCCGACCACCACCCAUCUCCCACGCCCUCCCUCUGAGACACUGACACACUCACACACACUCCAUCACCACCACCUCAGCCUAACACUCGUGCAAGCCACGCCUGUAGAAUAGAUUGCAGUCCUGAGGUGGAUUUUUUUAUUAUUCUUAUUAAUAAAGUUAAUACACAG